AUGAGGAGUCUUAUAAGUCAACAUAAUGGACAGUCAAGAUUUAAAAUAGUUAAGAAGAUCGGAUGGUUUUGAGAUCAGCUCAGAUCGAAGUACGGUACAACACUAACACCUAACGCUGCGUUUCUUCGUCUUGGCGACUCGAGAGAUUUGUGAUCACAGUACGGCAAAGACUUGACAUUGAAGAUUUUACGAGGUGUUUUUGAUCGAUUAGUCAUCUGGAUUUUUCUCCUUGGUUUGUGAGAUGGAUCAAGCUUCGUCUUCCUCGAAUGUUGAGGAAAACAAGAAAUCUUCCACUGAUCCUGUGACCGUCGACGAUAACGAGGAGAGAGAAGCUAUAGAGAUUGCUCUCUUCCAAGUGCCUGAAUGCUAUGUUUAUUUGAUACCUCCAAGGAAAAGCGCAGCUUCCUACAGAGCAGAUGAGUGGGACGUGAACAAAUGGGCAUGGGAAGGAGCACUGAAAGUGGUGAGCAAAGGAGAAGAGUGCAUUAUUAAACUUGUAGAUAAAUCCACAGGGGAGCUUUAUGCUCAGGCCUUUCUGCGAGAUGGUGAACCUCAUCCAGUAGAAGCCGUUAUCGACAGUAGCAGAUAUUUUGUUCUCCGAGUUGAAGAAGAGAUAGGUGGUCGUGUUCGACAUGCUUUUAUUGGAAUCGGAUUCCGGGAAAGGACUGAAGCAUACGAUUUCCAAGCAGCACUACAUGACCACAUGAAGUAUUUGAACAAGAAGAAAACAGCAGAAGAAAUGGAUCAACACUUUCAGAACACUUCAUCCGUCGAUUACAGCUUAAAGGAAGGAGAAACCAUUGUUCUCCAGCUAAAAAAUAGAAGCGAUAAAGACGCAAAGCCGAAAAUGGUAGAGAAGAGUCUGAGCAAUCUCUCGUUGGAGGAAAAGGGCAAGUCGAUAGAAACAAUUCCGCCAAUCAUCCUUCCGCCUCCACCUCCUGGACCGCUUUCUCCUGCCACAACCGCUCAGAAGUCCCCAUCAAGUCUGCCUCCAAGCCUCAGCCUCCAAAGAUCGUCCGAACAACAAGAUAUGGAUACAAAGCGAGAAGAAGUAGAGAAGAAGAAAGAAGACAAAGAAACUAAAGAAAUAAGCGUUGAGGAUGCACCAGAUGAUGACUUUGGAGAUUUCCAAGCCGCUGGUUAAUUUAAACCAUAAAAUCUUUUUACCAUACACAAAGCAUCGUUUUAUAAGUAAUGUGACUGAUCAAAGUUUGGAUAUUGUUUGCUAUUGAGAGAGCUCACCUUUUCUGUACAAUUGCAAAAUACGAUACUAUUUCUCUGAACUUGUGAUUAAACUUUAGUUUCACCACACAGAAGUAUGAACAUUUCAGGAGAAACGACGAGAAGGAAAUAAAAACGAAUCUGAAUUGCAAUUUUACAUUCUUAAACUACUGAACAGAGACGAAAUUGAGAGUGCUUCUCUGUUCUUCUGCAAAUCUAUUGCAACCAUCAAGAAAAGUGCGCCACACAGGGGCGUCUGCAGGGAAAGGCAUUCCACUAAUCAGUUGCUCAGCUUCCUUGAGGUAACCAUUUCUGGCCAAAAGAUCAACGGCACAACGAUAAUGAUCCAUUUCUGCUUCAACUCCAUAAUCUUUCAUUUUCCGAAACAACUCCAUUCCUUCUUUUACCAUGCCACCAUGUCUGCAAGCAGUUAACAUAGAGAUGAAAGAGACACGGUCUGGCUUAAAUCCCAGUGAUACCAUUUCCUUAAACUUUUCAAGCGCUUCAUGUCCAUAUCCAUGGAUGCCAAGAGACGAAAUCAAUGCCGUCCAUGUGAUGAGGUUCUUCUCUCUUGUUUCUUCAAAGACUUUAAUCACACUCCUAAUGCUUCCGCAUUUCCCAUACAUGUCAAUCAAUACGUUGCAAACAAAUGUGUCUGCGCGGCUGAAAUAUGUUUUGGUGAUGACACCGUGAAUAGAACUCCCAAGCGUAAAAUCGCAGAACUUUGAGCACACACUCAAGAUGCUAACGAAUGUGUAAUUAUCAGGGUGGAUGUUUGAUUGAAGCAUGUGUUUGAAAAGUUCGAUAACCUCUCCGUGAUUUUCGGAACGAGAGCAAGCCGCAAUUGCAAUGUUCCAAGAUACAGUGUCGGGUUGAUCUAGUGUCGAAAUCAGCUUCACCGAUUCAUGGUACUGGCCUGUUCUGCUAAAUAUUCCGGCGACAAUGUUCAACGGGACGACCGAAGAUGGCCUGCUAGACCAAUCCAUCAGAAGAAGAGCAUCGCUCAUCAGUUGAUUCUUGGCGUAGGAUCUCAUAAGAGAGCUUAACACAUAAUCAUUAUCUUCAUAGCCCAUUCUCACAAUAACAGAGUGCAUCUGUUGUAACUCUAUGACACAACAAGAUUUGAGGGCAGUCGAAAGAGUAUAUUCAGUUGGCCUGAAACCCAUUUGAAGCAUUUGAAGGAACAAAGAGAGACAAAUGGGACCAUCUUCAUUGGCAUAACCCCAAAGCAAUGCAUUCCAACACACAAUGUUCUUAUCGUGUAUAGAGUCGAAGCAUAGGCGGGAAUCUUCCAGACUGCCACAUUUAGCAUAAAAGUCGACCAAUGCAUUCCCCAAAAACAUGUCGGUUUCGCAGCCAUUCCUGAUUACUGUGCCAUGAACCUGGCGUCCGAAACUUAAUGUCUGCGUAUGAGAAGAGGCGCUAAGAACACUAACGUAUGUACCUUCGUUAGGGGAAAACUCAUGCUCUGGCAUGCUUACAAAGAGUCUGAGUGCUUUUAACGGGUUCUCGCUCUUGGCUGUUGCACCAAUUAUGGCAUUCCAUGACACUAUAUCCCAGGAAACUGCCGCCUCCUCAAACAUUCUCUCUGCCAUAUGUGUGUUGCCACAUUUUCCAUAUGCGCUGAUUAGAGAGUUAACGAUGGAAAUUUCAGAGACUAACCCUUUUUUCAUCGCUGAGCAAUGCAAUUGUUUGCUAGUUUCCAAGUCAUUUUCACAGGAAACACUCGACAAUACACCCAAGAAAGAGCCUUCAGAUAAACACUCCCCCGUCCCAACAAGCUCACGGAAGAGAAACAUGCAUUCUUUGUGAAAACCACGACGCCCCAACAAAGACAUCAUAUGGUUCCAUGUAACCAAGCUCUUCAACGGCAUAUCUUCGAAAACCUGUUCCGCCAUUUCCAGUAACUCAAGCCUCCCAUACAAACACAGCAAACGAGUACCUACGAAUGCAUCAGGCAGAAACAAGCCAUACUUCAAGCUCAAACCGUGCAACUGAGUUCCGGCACGAACAUCCAACGAUGCACAUGACAAUAAACCACCCACUGUCCACUGAUUCGGAAAAUAUACAAAAUUCCUCAUCUCAGAGAAUACUCCCCAGGCCUUUUCCGCAUACCCGCAUUUGCUAUACCCAGUAAUGAUCGUAUUAAAUGACGCUGCGUUUCUUUCAGGCAUUUUAUCGAACACCUUGGCUGCAAAGGAAACCUCACCAAGCUUUGAAUAAAGGCUGAUGAUGUUGUUGCAGACAAAAACGGGCUGCUUAAGGGUACAGCAUAACGUGAUGGAGAGCGCGUGAAGAGCUUUGGUCUUUGCAAAGGAAGGAGCUUUUCCGCAGACAUUGAGCAAGCUAAGUAGACGGUUGUUGUGAUUGGCGAAAUCUCCAUGGCUGAGGCUCAUGCAGGAGGAAACUGAAAACAGAGAACUUCCCAGUCAAAAUGCAUAUAAAUACACUUAGAACAGAGCUCAGUCUCAGGCUUUGGAAGCAAUUUUUUUUGGUGCUGCGAAUAGUACAGCAGGAAGAAAACCUAAGUCAGGUGUCAGGUUCACUAAUCUAGCUAAGUGAAGGCACCGACUACAAUAGCUCAGUCGCCAAAAGUCGAAUUUAAAGUUACCACGAUGACGAUGACGAUGAUCGUAGACGAUUUUACGAGUGAC